UUGAAAAACGCGGACCGGGCGCGACCCACCCAGUCCAGCGCUCCGGUCUGCUCCCGCCUGGCCAUCUUCCCCGAUCCGGCGCCACCAUGCCCAAGUGCCCCAAGUGCAACAAGGAGGUGUUCUUUGCUGAGCGGGUGACUUCCCUGGGGAAGGACUGGCAUCGGCCUUGUCUCAAGUGUGAGAAAUGUGGGAAGACACUGACCUCCGGGGGUCAUGCCGAGCAUGAAGGCAAGCCCUACUGCAACCACCCCUGCUACGCGGCCAUGUUCGGUCCCAAAGGCUUUGGGCGCGGCGGAGCCGAGAGCCACACUUUCAAGUAAACCCAGGUUUUGGAGACCCAUCUCCAGCUGCCUGCUGGGCUGCUCUCCUCCAGGCCGAUGGCAGGCCUUUCUCCACAGGCACCUGGGGCUCCCCUUAUAGACCCCCCUGCCCUCAAUAAAUGCGGACACUUGGAAGA